UCAGCUGGUCACAUUUCCAAACUUUCUAACAGCGACCCAUAGUCCCCACUUAGCAACAGCAAAUCAGGAGCACAGAUUUGUUAUAGCUAUUCGCAGUAAGCAGAGGAGGAGAGGAUACCUACAGAAAACAACUUGGGUUCCAAAUGGGGUGAAUUCUCUCAUGAGUUGUCCAUUUCUGUGAAUGGAAAAAUUUCUGCCCUGUUACCAAGAGUCCUGGACAAUUAUAUUCCACUUUUAACAUUUGAUGAGUGACAUCCAGCCCUUAGGAUCUUCAUCUCCAUGGACACUGUGGGCCUGGGAACUGCAUUUUUUUCAAGCCUAAUCUCUCUCCCCAUCAUGCAAAGAUAGGGAACCUGAAUUGCCUGGAGGAGCAGCUGGAGGUCCAGGGCAUGAAAAUGUGGGAGGCACACAUGUGCUUCCAGGUAGUCCAUGACCAGAGAAUGUUGGAGGCAGGGAUCUGGCAGCUCAGGGUGGUGCCAGGACGCAGCAAAAGACGUCAGCCACUGCUGUCCCCAUGAAGAGGACACUGAAAAGGGACAUGUCAGCACAGCCCCAUGUGACACUGGGCUAUUCACCUGAGGCAGGCAUAAAAAUGAAAUGCAGUUCCUAACAUGACAUAAUUCUUGAAGGGGUAAAAUGGGAAAAAAAACCGAAAAGCUGUUUGGGGAAAUUGCUGAGUCAAUCCACCCCUCCAUGAAUGCUCUCUGAACCUGCCUGGCUCCCUCCAUGGUGCAUAGGGAUGAUGUCCCUGAGGAUUUUCCCCCCUCCCAGCCAAUUUCAUCUACUGUCCGUCCCACCAGCCAAGGCUUCCCCUCUCUUGCCUCAUCUGGCAGACACUGUCUGUACUAAUUAACCAGAAACUGAGGCUCACUACUGCAGCUCAGAGUGCGGGGCUGAGGUGGCAGCAGCAGGACAAACGGCAGCAGAAGGCUCUGACUGCAUCUCCAAAUUGGAAGAAGAUAGGUCUUUUUCAUUCUUAUACAUUAUUUCACUUCAAAAAAGGACAAAGAUGUGAGCUGACUGUGGGAGGGAGGAGGAAUUUAUUGAGGCAAGAAGCCCAGCCUGGGAGUUCAGACUCAGAUGAUGGAUGCUCAGAUGCCAUGAAGCAAUCCUGGGGCGCUCAGCCAAAGGGAUAGGAAUGGAAGAGGAGCCCAGCUCUGAGUCCUGCUUUGGAAGUAGGAAUUUGGCUCAACUUGGAGGCUACUGCUGGCCCUUCUUCUGACAUGGCACUUGGGAGAAUUGCAGCUCCAAGGGCUGGAAUGCUUCUUCAGUACAUGCGUGACUGUGGGUCCUAUGGGAAAAGGAGAUGAAAGUGAUUUGGUAGAUCACUAAUGGCACCAGCUCUCUAUCCACACAGGACCAUAGAGGUAGAGCCUAAUUCAAACUGUAGUCUUCAGGUGGGCCAGUGCAAGGCCAGGAAUUGAUUUGAAAUAUUUUUCUUAGAGGACAGCAAUGGGUUUGUGCUGCUGCUGCAUCUGGGUUAUACCAAACCCCACCAGCACAGGUCUGUGAGUGAGUCAGUCCCUGCCAGUGUGCAGCCACUAUUCUGCCAGGGCUGAUGACCCACUGUGCACACACCAGUGAGCAGAAAUCCCCCAGUGUCAGCUCCAGGGGACACACACCCCAUUCUCCUCCUCCACAUACGUGCUUCCGGACUGCAAACUCAUUAGAUGAUUUGGCUUGUUCCUCUGAUAAUGAGCCUCUUUGCACAAUUAUUAUUUUUUUUUAUCAUUUGUUUAUGGAUGCCACAUUGCAACCUCCAUAAAAUGUAUUUUAUGGGGUUUUCCCUGCCCCCACGUUGUAAAUUGUGGUCUGUAAAAUGUAGAGCAAUUUAUCACUGACCAUUGCCCAGUUUUACGUUAAUGUUUGAACAUGCCAAUAAACCAAUUACAUCAUCUUACCUCUGGCCAACUUUUAAGGCAGAAGGAUGAUAUAAAACCAAGCUCUGCUCUCCAGCAAGGAACCUUCUCUUGUGUUAGGAGCACAGAGAGCUUUUCCACCAUGAGCUUCACUGGAAAAUAUGAGCUCCAGCACCAGGAAAACUUUGAGCCCUUUAUGAGAGCCCUUGGGCUCCCUGAGGACCAGAUCCAGAAGGGCAAGGACCUCAAGAGCAUCUCAGAAAUUGUGCAGGAUGGGAAAAAGUUCACGGUUACUGUCACCACUGGCUCCAAAGUGAUGAAAAACCAGUUCACCAUUGGGGAGGAGAGUGAGAUAGAGCUGAUGACUGGAGAGAAAGUGAAGGCUGUUGUGCAGAUGGAGGGUAACAACAAACUGGUCACACAGGUGAAAGGGAUGAAAUCCGUCACGGAGCUCAACGGAGACACCAUCACCUACGUAAGUGUGGAAGGGCAAUGGCUGGAACAGCAGGGCUGCCUUCAGGAGCCUGCCCUAGGAAGCUACAGAGGCACUGGGGGGUGCUGGAGCAGAGCACGUGCUUGCACACAGGCUCUGCAGCCACGAGCUGAAGGCAGUUUCUCAUUAGAGUGUGAUCCAGAAACUACUUUUUAGGACCCCAGUUUAGGCACAGCUGUUCAAAGUUUUGGGUAAUGAGGGCAUGUUCUCACCCACCCAGAGGAACAGGUAUGUGCCAGGGCUUGGCACUCUUAGAGAAGAAAGGUGAGGCAAACUGAUCCCAGCUGAGGGAUGCCAGCUUAUCCCUAUGUGCUUUGAGGUAUUCAUGAAGAAAUCCAAAGCUUUAAAAAUCCAGUUUAUGAGAGAUAAACUGGAGAUCAGUCCUGUUUUGAUUUGCAAGACCAGAUCCUAAGUACAGUUUGGAGCUAAAUACCAUGAUGAUCCUUAUGUGUGCCUUCCAACUUGAGAUAUUCAACUAUUCUACAAAUUCAUAAAAAGCUAACACUUUCCAUUUCUUUUUCAGACAAUGACCAUGGGUGACCUCACCUUGAAGAGAGUCAGCAAGAGAAUCUAGAAAUAUUACACAUGCCAGUAGUUUACAGUGUAAAAUGUGGCCAUUAAAAUAAAAAUUGUAUUGAAUCCUC